AGUUUCCUAGUGGUAAAAGUGAGGAUAACCUGGGAAAGUGCAGUCCUGCGUGUCUGAGGCAGCUUUCGUUGAAGGCCCCUGGAACAGAAGAUGAAGAUGAUGGAUUCCUAGAAAUUAUGGAUGGGCAAGAUGUCAGUAAUGACGAAGAGAUGCCAUUUGGAAUGGCAAGUCUGUGGACUGCGCCUCUGGUGAUGAAGACGCGGCAGGAAACCCAGAAUAAACGGUGCAGGCCGCUGGGGGCAGAAAGCGAGCCGUACAGUAUGGCCAAGGCUUCCCUGAAAAGAAUGGAAAGACCCCAAGAAGAAAAUUCACCGGGGGCCACCAAGAAGAGGAAAAGUGCUGGUGGAGUGCCAUCUGAAGAACUGACGAGUCAGACCCUUAUCGGGGCACCGCUGUCAUCCCCAACAGAGAUAGAGAAUAUUCUGGACAGCGACCCGAGGGACCUGAUUGGAGACUUCUCAAAGGGUUACCUUUUCCACACUGUGGAUGGGAAGCAUCAAGAUCUGAAAUACAUCGACCCGGAGAUGAUGGUUGCAGUGUUGAACGGCAGCUUCACGAGGUUCAUUAAGGAGUGUGUGAUAAUUGACUGCAGAUACCCCUAUGAGUAUGAAGGAGGCCAUAUCAAGGGUGCUAUAAACCUCCACAUGGAAGAGGAAGUGGAAGACUUCUUGCUGAAGAAGCCCAUCGUGUCAUCUGACAACAGGAGAGUUAUCGUCGUUUUCCAUUGCGAGUUCUCAUCGGAGCGGGGGCCUCGGAUGUGCCGGUUUGUGAGGGAGAGAGACCGUCUUGGCAACGAGUACCCCAGCCUGCAUUACCCGGAGCUGUAUGUCCUGAAAGGGGGCUAUAAGGACUUCUUCUUAAAAUUCCGGAGCUACUGUGAGCCGCAGGGCUAUCGCCCCAUGCACCACGAGGACUUCAGGGAAGACCUGAGGAAGUUCCGCACAAAAAGCCGAACGUGGGCCGGUGAGAAGAGCAAAAGGGAACUGUACAGUCGCCUGAAGAAGCUCUGAGAUUCCUCUGCAGGGCAGCCGGAUUCCACUCGCCUGCCACGCGGGGGCAGAAGGAGGACGUAAGCUGGCUUGUUGCCUGAGCCCUGCAGCCCGAGGGACUCCCUUGCUCCUCGCAUGGCCUUUGCCCCGCUGCAUCUUUGGAUCCCUUCUGGCAAGGCUGCGUGGGAGCACUUGGGUCGCCCGCUCCACAGGCCCCGGCCCCGUUGACAUUCCGCCCGUGGAUCCGUGGCAUCUGUGUGCCUCUCAAGACAAUCCGUGUACACGGAGCUCCCACGGGGAACUGUCCGUGCCUUCUGGAGUGUUAACCAUGAGAUUUUAGUGUGUGUGUGUGUUAAAAGUGUCCCUUUUUAAAUUU